GCUGAUCCUUAGUGUUGGGUGCUUAUACCGCGCCGCAUGUGAGAUUUUGCGUUACUUUUCAGAGUGAUGGCUGGAAAGGUUGUUAAGCAACUGGCUGGUAGUGGAACAGGCCAAAGCCUUUCCGACCUAAUGACAGCCAUGAAAUACACCUUAUCUGGUUCAGUGGUAGUGAAAGUCAUCUGCAAAGCCACCACAGAGGAAAUGUGUGCUCCAAAAAAGAAACAUUUAGCAUAUCUUGUACAAUGUACAUUUGAGCCUCGACUGUCAGUCCCGGAUUUUGCUAACCAAAUUGUGAAUCGGACUCAGCAUAGCAACUUGGUUGUUGCGUUCAAGGCGCUAUUAACUAUACAUCAUCUAAUGCAGUACGGAAAUGAGAGAUUUUCACAAUACAUCGCAUCGAAUAAUUGUCAUUUCUAUGUCCCAAAUGUCCAUGAUCGCAACACAUUUCAAUCAACCCACAGGAUCUCUGUAUUUCUACGACCUUAUGCAAAGUAUUUAGAUGAAAAAGCAGCAUCUUAUCGUGAAGUGGCCUUUGAUUUUUGUCGUUUAAAACGUGGAAAAGAUGACAGUGAUAUGAGAACAAUGCCACAAGAGAAAUUGUUGAAAACUCUACCAGUUAUCGAGAAACAAAUAGAUGCCCUACUGUUGUUCGAUGCAACAACAAAUGAACUGUCGAAUUCUCUUCUGCGUGUUGCACAUCUCUUCCUUUAUCGUGAUCUUAUCCGAUUGUAUGCUGUGUAUAAUGAGGGUAUGAUUAAUCUCAUAGGUCGAUAUUUCACAAUGUCUAAACGUGAUUGUCGUUUAUCCUUGGAGAUAUAUAAAAGUUUUGUCAAACGUAUGGAAGCAAUGAAUGUAUUUGUCAAAGUCGCUGAGUCUGCUGAACCUGGCGGUACACCUCUGCCUUUGGAUUCAGAGAACAAUCCUUUUCAACCUGUACCACCGUCUGUAUUAGAAGCUCUUGAACAACAUUUAGCCUACUUAGAAGCUCAUAAACAAGGUGACAAAAAAACGCCAAGUAAUCCAUCUCCACAACAAUCACAAACCAAUCCAAUCACAUCCACGUUAUCUGCAUCAAAAACAGCGAAUGAAUCUGAAUCUACUCUAGCAUAUUAUAAUCAAGAUAAUGGAGGAGGAGGGGAAUUCACUCUUACUCCAGCUGAACGUCAACGAAUUAUUGAAGAGGAAAGAGCACGAUUGGAGGCAUUUGUAUCAACAGCACGACAACAUGCUUAUUCGUCGGAUCAUAGUAAUCAACAACAACACCAGCAGCAAGCAAAUCAUUAUGGUUCAUCGAGUGGAUCAUCAACUACUGCUACUACUACAGAUAGUGAUAAAUUUCUUGAUCUAAUGUGUUAUGAGAAAUUAUCUACAGCAGAUGAUUUCACAAGCGGUGGUCGUACUGCUGCGGGUAAUCCACAGAAUUCAACUGAACAAAAUCUACUCGAUCUCAAUGAUAUCUCGACAACACCAUCUCCAUUUAGUGGUGGAUUGAGCUCUACAACUCCACAAUUCUAUAUUCCUGCGGCGCAUUCAUCAUUAUCAACAUCACUUGUUCCUUUUAUCCCACCAACUAAUCCAACAGUACAGCCGACUAAUCCAUUUCUGUUGAAUAGUAAUAUUAACACGUCAUCAAAUCAAUUGAUGCUUUCAAAUUUCCCACCAUCAUCGAAUCAAUUCACCAAUCCUAAUCCAAUGUUGACAUUCCCUGCACCAAUGAUGAAGUCUACUUCAAAUACUGUCCAACCGUCACAAUCCACCUUGUCAUUAGAUGAUAAAAUUGCUCAAAUCGCUGGAAACCUUUCGAUCCGUGAUAGUUAUGCAGCUAGUCAAGGCUGUCGUAUAUAUCGUGCUCCAGAUGGGAGUCUAUCCGCAGUCAACUGGUCUGGUACAAUGCCAUAUGUUCAAACGUCAAACAACAGCAACAAUAGCAGCAGUAAUAAUGCGAAUAACACCACUAUGUCCAGUAGUCAACAGUUAUCAACGCCAACACCAACGCCAAUUCAUCCAUCCCCGUCAAUGAAUCAGAUAAGCAGUAGCUCAUUUAUUGGUGGCAGUGGCAGUGGAAGCGGCGGCGUCGGUGGCUUCAGUAACUCACAAACCUCUUUGACCACUGGUGGUACAGCAGGGUUUAGCAACAAUUUUGUACUGAAUGCUAAUAAUCCAUGGGCGACAGCAAUUGUCCCUCAAUCAUUGCCUCAACAACAUUCUCUCCUAUUCACAAAUCAAAACCAAUUCACUAGUGCUGCCACUACUGCUCCUAAUAUGCAACUCAUGAUGAAUGGUGGUGGAGCAAUUCCUAAUGGUCGUUCAACCAAUAAUAAUCCUUUUCUAUGA